GCUGUUGUAUGUGUGUGUACAUUAGCGUCCACGUGCGCCUCAUGGCUGCUGGCUUUGGACGCGGUCACUUUGAGUUCCGGGAGCAACAGACACGAUGACCGGCGCGCAGCGUGACCCGUUCUACUCCUCUCCGUUCGGACCUUUUUACCGGAGGCAUGCGCCUUGUGCAGUGCAGCCCGAGUACCGGAUCCACGAGCUGAACAAACGGUUACAGUCCCGUCCGGAGGACUGUGAUAAUUUAUGGUGGGAAGCUUUCACUACGGAGUUCUUUCAGGACGAUGCAACUUUAACUCUGUCGUUCUGUCUGGAAGAUGGACCAAAGACCUACACCAUUGGGCGGACCCUGAUCCCUCGUUACUUCAGCACUGUGUUUGAAGGAGGAGUAUUAGAGUUGUACUUUGAGCUGAAGUACUCAAAAGAGUCAUUCCACAACUCAACUGUCACCAUUGACUGCCCCCAGUGCACCAUGAUCACUCAGCAUGGCAAACCAGUGUUCACCAAGGUGUGCACGGAGGGUCACCUGAUUUUGGUGUUCCCCUUAGAUGACCUCAUGAGAAUAAAAACCUGGCAUCUCACCAUCAGACACUACAGUGAGCUGAUUCCACGCAGUAUCCUGGCUGUUCACGCGCAAGACCCUGGAUGUCUCGAACAACUGUCCAAAAACAUUAGCCGAGGGGGGCUAACUAACCUUACACUAAACUACCUCAGAUUGUGUGUCAUUUUGGAGCCGAUGCAAGAGUUGAUGUCCAGACAUAAGACGUAUGGGCUAAGUCCUAGAGACUGUCUGAAAAACUGCCUUUUCCACAAAUGGCAAAGAAUGGUGACUCCACCAGCACAUCCACCAAAUGUAAAAACAGAAAAUUUCACCACGAACCAAAAAAAAGAACCUGUCCGUCAGACAACGACGAAGAGGAGGAGGAGGAAGAACUCUGCUAGUGGUGCUGUCAGUGCCAACACAGGAAACAGCAAGAAACGCAGCUCGGGCAAUAACUUUAACCUGCCUGGACAGGAUGUGAUGGUGGUGGGGGAGCCCUCUUUGAUGAGUGGUGAACUGGGCGAUGAGGAUGAAUGUUUGAUCACACGGCUGGAGAACACACACUAUGAGUCCACCAAUGGUUUCCAUGACAGUGGUGACUAUGCUAACUCACCUGUGCUUGGCAACAAUAGCCCCUGGAACGAGGUGCCCCUUAGCAACCAGGACAGCAAGACUGAUGCCGUGGCGACACAGGCAUUGAAGUAAUAUAUCUCAUAAACAGACUUCGACCAAUUUAAUUGGGUAGAAUACACUCGGACACACACACACACACACACA